UUCCGGUACUAGAACUGUCAACACUAUAGUGAUAAUAUCCAGUGAAAUUAAACGAACAAAAAUAGUUAUAGCACACUUGGAACAGCGACUUCGUAACAAAACACGAGUAAAACUACUAAGAAGUGUUAACAAAUAAUCAGAACUGUGUUACUGUGGAAGAUCACUGAAAAUUAAAACCACGGAUCAUCGCGGAGUUGAGGUUAGAAACACAACAGACAAGACAAUAUUAUUACUCAUUGACAUUGUCAAACACCGCCAACAAAAUUGACGUUAUAGUCAGUGUUGCCAACUGCAAUAAACAUUUCUACCAUUUUCUACUAUUACGUUCCAACAUACGCAAAUACAACUAAAUAAUAGUAAAAUGGAGGGACAAUUCCAAACAUUAUUUGAUAAUUUGAAGAUCGAGAUGCAAAAACAAAAUGAAGAAUUGAAACAAUCCGUCACAAAAAAUAUUUUAGACAAAAUGGAAGAGAAGUUAAUUCCUAUAGUGGAAGAAAAUAAAAACCUAAAGGUCAGAGUAGAAAAAUUGGAAAAAGAAAUAGAGUACCUAAAAAAAGGAGGGAGAGAGAAUAAUAUCAUAGUAUUCGGCCUGGAUGAGAAAGAAACGUCUACCAUUGAGUUAUUACGGGAAUUUAAGGAAAAUCUGAAAAACGACUUAAAUAUUAAUAUGGAAGACUAUGAAAUAAACAAGAUCUAUCGUUUAGGUAAGAAAAACAGAGAAAGCAACAAGCCGAGGCCGGUAUUAUGUUCGUUUAUAAAUAACUGGAAAAAGAUGGAAAUCAUUAAAAACAAAAAACACCUAAAGAAAAUUCAUGUAUCUGAGGACUACUCAAAAGAAGUAUUAGAAAAGAGAAAAACACUACAAGCAGAUUUAGCUGAAGAGAGGAAAAAAGGCAAUAUAGCAUAUCUGAGAUACGACAAACUAAUAAUAAAAGAGACCAACGACAACAGCCAAGAGAAAAGGAAAAGGGAAUCAUCUGCCUCACCCUCUGAUUAUAACAACCAGCCUAAAAAGCAACUGACUUUAUCCACAACCAAGACCAACAGAACAAACGCUUUUGAUAUGAUGCGUUCCAGCUCUCUUUCUAAUAUAUCUACUACCAAAAAACAAUAGCAAUUAAGAAUCGGCAAACGGAAUCCAAAACCAACCGAAGAAACUAUUAACAACAAAGAAACAGAAAACUACCAAACUCCCCCAAGCCGACUGGUCCUCGUGGGGGAAAGAGACCACAACCCUCCGGCAAUAACUGGCAACAACAACAACAACAACAAAAACCAUAAACAACAAACAUCGAAAUUUUACAUUGCAGCCCUAAAUGUACUUACCCUAAAAAAUGAAGAAAAUCUUACAGAACUAAUGUAUGCGUUAGAACACAUCAAAUGGGACAUCGUUGGCCUGAGCGAAGUGAGAAGAAUGGGUGAAAAUAUCACGUCACAUCCAGAAUACAUGCUUUACCAUAUAGGGGAGACCCCGGGCCUUCAUGGCGUUGGAUUUAUUAUCAAAAAGCAUAUUACAAAGUAUAUAGAAGGAUUCAUCGGUAUCUCGGAACGUAUCGCGAUAAUGAAUUUGAAAAUACCUGGAUACAAAGAUCCUUGGUCCAUUGUACAAAUAUAUUCUCCUACUGAACAAGCAAAUCUGGAAACAAUAAAUAAAUUCUACAUUGAUCUAAACAAAGCGAUCCAAGAUCACGGUCAUAAAAACCUUAUAGUAAUGGGAGACUGCAAUGGACAAAUUGGGGAAAAGCACCCAGAAGAAAAUAUGAUACUAGGACCAUUCACAUAUAGUAACAAAACUAGAAGUAGAAAUGGAGAAUUUAUCACGAACUUUGCACUAGAAAAUAACCUUACAAUCUUAAAUACUAUGUUCAUGAAAAAGAAGAAAAACAUGUGGACCUGGAUCUCGCCUGACGGUAAAACAAAAAAUGAAAUUGAUUUCAUAAUGACCAACAGAAACAGCUACUUCACUAACUUUACCGUAAUCAAUAAAUUGAACUUUAACACUAACCAUAAACUAAUUAGAGCAGAACUGGUAUCAAAGCAACCAAAGAAACCUAGACCAAGGCAACACCCAGAAAACAUAAACUUCGGAAAACACGAAAAGACACUUUGCCCUAAAAGACAAAUUCACAGACAUCCAAUCUAAAACGAAAGGAUUAGGGACACAAGAUAAAUACAACUGGAUCGAAAAUACCAUUAAAGCUCAGAUACAACUCAGUGCAAAUGCCAAAACCGAGCCGAAGAAAUGGCUAACUACAAAUACCACAAAUCUCCUAGAAGAAAGAAGCCACUUAAUUAGUGCAAGAGAUGCUCCAGACAGACGAAAACAUUUAACGAAAAUUAACAAAGAAAUCAGAGAAAGUAUAAGAAAGGAUAGAAAACAAAGCAGAAUGGAAAUUAUAGAAAAGUAUAUAAGUAAAACGGGAGGAGUAAAAAAAGCAUACAAAGAAUUAAAGAAUUCAAUGGAUUGGAUAAAAUGAAAAAAGACAAUGGAAAAUGUAAACACAACAGAACGGACAUAUUAGGCACAGCUACAUCCUAUUACAAGAAACUGUACGAAAAUAACACAACAGAAGACGAAAUUGAUUUAGCAGAAAACUCAGACAUUCCUAGCAUUAUCCAAGCUGAAGUCGAGAAAGCUAUAGAUACACAAAAAUUAGACAAAGCACCAGGUCCCGACGGUAUAAAUAACGUUAUCUUAAAACAAUGCAAAGAAGUCUUAACACCAGUCCUUACAAACAUAUUUAAUGAUAUCCUACACACUGAAAUAAUUCCCCAGCAAUGGACAGAAUCCAACAUAACCCUACUAUAUAAAAAAGGGGAUAAACACGAAAUCGGAAAUUAUCGCCCUAUCAGCCUUAUGUCCAACAUUUAUAAAGUAUUCGCAAAGAUCAUUUUAAAACGGAUUGAAAGAACACUAGAUGAACAUCAACCUAUCGAGCAGGCUGGAUUUCGGAAAGACUACUCGGUGAUCGACCACAUCCAUGUAGUACGUCAAAUUCUAGAGAAGUAUCACGAAUACCAGCUCACAUACUACAUCGCAUUCAUUGACUACAGCAAAGCUUUCGAUUCUCUACUACAUAAUAACAUCUGGGAAGCAUUAGUAGAUCAAGGGAUUGAACAUAAAUACAUUCGACUGAUCAGGAACGUAUAUAGGAAUAGUACAGCUAGAUCCAACUAGAAAAGAAAGGUAAUCCAUUCAAAAUAGGAAAAGGCGUCAGACAGGGAGACCCCCUAUCUCCAAAACUAUUCUCGGCGGUACUAGAAUCAAUUUUCAGACGACUUAAUUGGCAAAAUCUCGGGAUUAAUGUGAAUGGUGCAUUGUUGACGCAUUUAAGAUUUGCUGACGACAUAGUGAUAUUCGCUGAAACACCUGACGUCAUCAAUCGAAUGAUAAAAGAUCUUACUUUAGAAAGUGGAAAAGUAGGGUUAAAGCUAAAUCCCGAAAAGACUAAGAUGUUGACAAACGGAAACAAAAUUACGAUACAGUUAGACAACACCGAAAUCAAGUACACCGAUGAAUACAUAUAUCUGGGGCAGCUCAUAACACAAGAAGAACCUAUGCGAAAAGAAGUAGAGCGAAGAGUGACGAACGCCUGGAAAAGAUACUGGAGCUUAAAAGAGGCUAUGAAAGACAAAAAUCUGCACAUAAACAUCAAAAGUCAACUAUUUAACACGUGUAUACUACCCGUCCUUAUAUAUGGCUGCCAAUCAUGGAAUUUAAAUCAGGAAAUGACCAGAAAACUCGCAACCUGCCAAUACGCUAUGGAAAGGAGUAUGCUGAGUGUCAAGAAAUCAGAUAGACUGGGAAAUCAUGUCAUCAGAAAUAAAACAAAAACCAUAGAUGUAACACGGAAAAUGAGAAGACUCAAAUGGAAAUGGGCAGGGCACAUGAUUAGAGGUAUUGAUAAAUGGAGUAAGAAAGUGACAGGAUGGUACCCCAGGAACAGCAAAAGGAAGAGAUGUAGACCACGGAAAAGGUGGGACGAUGAUAUUAGAAAAGUGGCAGGAGUAACAUGGAACAGAGUGGCUCAAGAUAGAUCGGAAUGGAAAAGGUUGGAGGAGGCCUUU